GGGCCAAUCGUGGUAAGCAGGCUGUGAAAGCUGUGCUCGAGCCAAGACCGGCGAGGAUUUCGCCGCGGGUUCCGAACACGUUACCGUAUGUCAACAAUAAGCCUAGUUCAUUUUUGAGUUGACGUUGGAUACUAGUUUUGAAGAUCAGUGUUGUUAGAGUGUCUGUUUCCUUUUUGAAUGUUUUGUUGGAGACCCUGGUACUAAGAGGUAGAGUUUAGCUUAUCAACGCGAAGCUCUUAUUUUGCCAGCUAUAACAACGUUAACAAAUGUCAACAAUGUGUUUCGUUCAUUCUUAAUGUGUUUCUGGAUAGCUGUUUUUUCAACUUGUGUUGUCAUAGUCGGGAAUACACCUUUAAUGUUUUGCUCCGAAAAAGUGAAAGUGCAAGAAGGAAACAAGCACUGUGGACUGUUGCAUGCCGGGAAUGAGUGUGAUUACCCUUGCCAGCUGGCGAAAAGACUUCAAGACUUUCUGUAUAAUUAUGGACGGAAAUCGCAAAAUUAUUGUUUCGUGAGGACCAUGUUCAUGAGGUUGGUUGCACUGAAGAAGAUAUGGGGUGGCUAA